CAAACAGAUGUUUUGUGUUUAUUUCACAAUUUAUGAAAUUUUAUUUUUUUUUUCUUCCCGCCGAACUUUCUGCAGUUUUCUGUGAAAGCUGUAAUAAAACCAUUGUUCCACCGAACAGCCGGUUCCGCUCCGCCUGCAGGGCGUAGACUCGGAGUCCAGGAGGAAGAGGAGGAGGAGGAGGAGGAAGAGUCCAGCGGUCAGUGUCCGGCUUUGUGUCCAGAGACACGGAGGAAGAGAUGGAGGAGAAGAAGAGCAGGAGGGAAACUUGAAGUGACUGAAUGAGCGCAGCCAGCAGGGCGUCAACUGCUGGGGAUAACCGGGCCUGACAGGAUCCCGGUCGAACCGAGCCGGUAUGGACCAGAUGGCAGCGGACGAGGUGAAGCAUCCGGAUCCAGACCGCAGCGACAACCCGCCGCAGAUCACCGCGGAAAACUGCUACGAGCUGCUGGAAGAGGCGAAGCGCGGCGGCUCCGAGCGCGACAAGCAGCGGCUGCUGCGCUUCAUGAGCGACCACUACCUGCAGGUGCUGCGGAGCCCCGCCGUGUUCGGCCGGCUCAGCGCGGCGGAGAGGGAGCUCAUCCUGGCCCGCAGGAUGGAGGGGCGGAAAGUGCUGGCGGUGGCCGAGACCUCCGAGGCUCUGGAGAGCAGCCGCCCGCAGAGCCCGCAGCGGGAGGACCCCGCCCCGCGCCGGGUGUUCUGCCUCCAGCCGGACUCCCAGCGCUGGGAGCUGCUGACCGUCCUGCCGGAGGAAGUCCCGGCUAAAGGCUCCGGGAUGUGCACCCUCUACAACUACCUGUUCGUGGCGGGCGGCGUGGGGACGCAGGACGGCCGCUCCACGGCGUCGGACCGGGUGUUCUGCUUCAACCCGCGGACCGGCCUGUGGAGCCGGGUCCGCUCGCUGACGCAGCCGCGCUGCCAGCUGCGGCUGGUCUCCAUGGACGGACACCUGUACGCCAUCGGGGGGGAGUGUCUGUUCACCGUGGAGCGCUACGACCCGCGCGCGGACAGGUGGGAUCACGUGGCUCCGCUGCCCAGAGGCUCCUUCGCGGUCGCGCACGAGGCUGUUGCGUGCGGCGGCGCGCUGUUCGUGUCCGGCGGCUCGUUGUUCUACCGCCUGCUGCGGUACGACAGCCGCCGCGACGAGUGGGAGGAGUGUCCGUUCAACGAGAGCCGGCGGCGCUCCGCCGACAUGGUGGCGCACCGCAACCUCAUCUACCGCUUCGACGUGGAGCGGGAGCGCGCGGCCGUGAGCGUGUACAGGUACAACACGUUGGUGAAGGUGUGGCUCGGCGGCGCGCGCUUCCCGCUGGACAACCCGCAGCCGUUCCGCUGUGCGGUGCUCGGAGACCGCAUCUACUGCGUGAGCCGCGGCCACGCGCUGCAGUUCGAGCUGCGUGAGGAGCGCGAGGGCUUCCUGUCGGAGCUGCUUCCGGGGCCCGCGGAGGCCCGCGGGUCCCUGGUUCCGUUCGUCCUCAGUCUGGACAAGUGACCCGAACCGGGUGGUCCGCCGCGGUGCCUUCCGAUGAUCCUGCGAGUCCCGAUCAAUCAACGUGUCAUAGAACAGAUAAUCAAUAAUUCAGUUCAAAAAGUGCAAUUUGUAAAAUUAAUACAUAAAACAUUAUCUAUUCUCUUAUUGUUAAUUUGGUUUGUCGGUGGAUAAAUGAUGUUUAUUGAGCAUAAAAAUAGAAAUAGAAUGAAAUAUAUUCAAAUAUCUUUUAAAAAUGAGGACAACUAGUUCGGCAAUAAGGAAUAAAAUAUGAUUUGCAGCUGAUAAACAUGAGACAAACAAAAAUAAGUUUUAUAGAUGUGACGUCAAAUCUGACGCAGGGACUGUUGGCUGUUUAUUAAAAUAUGAAGGAAAACCUGCAUAAUUCAGGACAACAGUCAUAAAUCCUGCAGAUAAACAUGAACCCAGACAUGUUUCAUUAAUAUUACAACAGAAAUGUCAGGCAUGCUGUUAUCACUGGAAUAAAACUUGUUGCUCUGGAGCCACAGGUUGUCAGCAACAUCCAGCAACGCCUUUAGAGAAGCAACUAUUGCUGCCCAUCAACCUCUGCAGGGCGGCAGAAACCCUCCAACAUCCACCGAAAGGUUUCAGUCCAUUGACUCAGAUGCUCAGAGAAAAGGCAAAGAAAAACAGGAAGUCCUCUGCAUGAGUAGGUUAAAGGUUAAAGUUCAUAACAAAAACUAUGACCUGUUCAUUCAUAUCACACUGUCAGGGUGGAGGUGUGAUGAUUUGGGUUCAUGCGUUGAUACUUUGAAGUCCAACUUGUGGCCUUUUGUGACUUUUUUUAAGUGUUUGGAUUUAUUGCAUAAAUUCAUUCAACUGAAGCACGGCGGUGGAGGAGUGAUGAUUUGGGAGGUUUUCCCAUCAGGACCGGCACAGAUUAAGAUUUGUUUCUGCUUCUUUUCAGAUUAAACUGAAAUGAUGUCUGAGUUUUCAUGUGUUUGUAAAUCACCUGCUGAAUGUUUCACUGUUUCAUCUGAACUCUGAUCCGAAUGCAAAAUAAAGCUGCUGCCUCCGAUA